AUGACCGACUAUAAAAUUAGACGGGUUGCGGUUAUUGGGGCCGGUAUUAGUGGCGUGGUGAGUGCUGGCCAUCUUCUCGCAGCCGGACUAGAUGUCACGGUGUUUGAAAGAAGCCAAGCUGCGGGAGGGGUGUGGCUACACGACAAGCGAGUGCCGGUUGAGCUUCAUUACCCAUGCGUCAAACCAGCCGACAUCGAGAAGCACGGUAAAGAUGAACGGGACGAAAAGGAGAAGCAGAAGUUAAUUCAUGCUCCGCCAGGGCCAUGUUACGAUGGCCUCGUCAAUAAUGUUCCGACUUCGUUACUGCGAACCAAACUGAACGCCUGGCCCCAAGGAACACCCCCAUACGUCAGGCACAACGUUCUGAAGGAUUACAUCCAAGAUACAUCAAAGAAGGCAGGUGUUGACAAUGCGACAAUCUAUGGGGCUCAAGUCACCAAUGUCCACAAAGAAGGGACACGAUGGCAUGUGUCAUGGAGCACGCUGCAUGAAGAUUCGACGUCCAAAGACUUAGUCGAACGUCAAAAUUCGGCGACUUUUGAUGCAGUUGUAGUUGCUUCUGGUCAUUAUCACACGCCUUUGAUCCCAAACAUUGAAGGGUUGGCCGAAGCAAAGGAGAAAUGGCCUUCACGGAUCACCCACUCCAAGUCAUUCCGGAAUUCGACAGGGUUUGAAGGGAAGAACGUCCUUCUAAUUGGAGGAGGAGUAUCCUCUGCAGACAUAGCACGAGAAAUCAGUCCCGUCGCGCACAAAAUAUAUCAGAGUACCAGGAAUGGCGCCUUUGAUAUCCCAGAGAUUGCGCUUCCUAGUAAUACAACUCGAAUUGGAGAAGUUGCAGCAGUCGAGAUUACCUCUUCGGAGGCGAAGCCGGAGCAUCUCCCCGUUACCUUGCGUCUAAAGUCUGGUGAAACUGUGGAUCACAUCGAUAUAAUCGUGCUUUGCACGGGCUACCAGAUGGUCGUCCCGUUCCUUCCAGACUACAACCAGAAUGAGCUCAGUGAAACCACUAUCGUGACCAAUGGUCAGCAGUUUCACAAUUUGCAUCAAGACAUAUUCUAUAUCCCUGAUCCGACCUUGGCAUUUGUGGGCGUCUCGUUCUAUACGGCUACAUUCACUCUCUUUGAGUUCCAAGCAAUUGCCAUCGCAGCUUUGUUCUCUGGAAUUGCUCAGCUUCCUUCUGUUGAGGCCCUGAGAACAGAAUAUCAGCAACGAGUGGAUCUGAAAGGAUAUGGAAGGAGUUUCCAUUCCCUCAAAGGUGAGGAAGAAGCAUACGUCAGGCAGAUCAUCGAAUGGGUGAAUACGAGUCGGUCAAAACAAGAACUGCCUUUGAUUGAGGGCCACACGGAUUCCUGGUUAGAGGGAAAGAAGGCCCUUAAUGAAAGACUUGCUUUGCUUUUCCAAGGUGCUAUACCAUUCGGUAACACUGCUGAACCUCUACAAGAAGUCGAGGUCUUGGCAUAA